GCAAUUACAACGGUGGACACUAAACGAGCGUUAUUUGGGUUUUGUGCCGAUCACAAUGAUCGUUAUAUGGCUGUGAUUGAAGCGCAUGGUAAUAGUGAGGAUAUGCUCGAAUUACAGGAAAAUGCCUGUCGCCUUUACGAGGUUGGCAGGUGCCGCGGGGCGGAUGAUUGCGAUGACGAACCAGAGGAAGUGGCCGAUGACAACGAUGACGACGACGAUAUGGAUUCGUCGAGUGAUAUGGGAUCAUCGCUUGAAAAUUCAGCAAUUUCGGAUGGUGUUGGGGCGGAUGAUGGUAACACAUCAGAUGGUGGUAAUUCGGACGAGAGCAGUGACGAAGGGUCCUCUGUCAGCUCGGAGCAACGCCUUGUGCUUCAUGAUGAACAGGAGUUGGUCUGUUUUUAG